CUACUUCCGGGUUAGCAGUGGGUUGCUUCCUUCCUGCUCAUGGCUGCGGUGUGCUGAUAGGUGUCUAUCCCAGGGUGAAGGACAGGGCAAUGACCGCUUCGGUUCCCCCGGUGUGACGGUUACAGGGCGGACGAGCUGGUACAGACAGUAUUCUCCCAUCAUGGUGCAUUUAACAUCUCUGCUUUUGAAGCGGUACCAUGGAGGUCACGUAGUAAUCAGACUGGCACUCGGUGGUUGUGCAAAUAGACCAUUCUACCGCAUUGUUGCUGCCCACAAUAAGAGGGCGCGAGAUGGCAAAUAUUUAGAACAACUCGGCACUUAUGAUCCAAUGCCCAACGUCUACAACGAAAAGCUUGUAAGCUUGAAUAUGGAGCAAAUUAAAUAUUGGAUUGGCUCUGGAGCGCAUACCACAAAACCAGUGGCAAAGUUGCUAGGUCUUGCUGGCUUUUUCCCUUUGCAUCCAAUGACCAUAACAAAUGCUGAGAGAUUAAGACAGGAGAGAGCCCAAAUGCCUGUUUCUACAGAGCAGCCUGUGAGCGAGUCUAGUGAAGAACAAUUGGCUUGAGCCACCAAAAAUGUACUUGUGUACCAAGGACUCUUUACUUUUACACUUAUUGUGGGGUCAUUCUGAGGAAUGGAUAUGUUCUAUAAAAUAAAGAAAUAUUAUUUGCA